UUUGUUUUCUUUUUCGUGUUUUUCCGGCGCAUUUUUCCUUGUUUAUUUUUAUUGUGAUUACAAAUUAUUACAAUUUUUAAACAAGAACGAAAAAUAUCGACUUUUAUUGUUCACCAAUGAAUGCGUAUAAGAAUAAAGUCAGCUAUGAAAGCCCAUGCGACUCCGAUAACGAUUGGACAAAUUCAUCAGACGAUUCAAAAUAUUCUGAUACGGAAAGUUCAGUCCCGGAAUGGGACUCGGAUAUAGGAGAAGAUGGUGAAUUGGUUUAUAUCAAAACUAAAGUAUGCAGUGAAACUACAGAUGAUUCUAAAGCCCCACUGCUAGAAAGUUGUGAAACUUUUAAAUUAAGAAGUGACUUUAAAAGAUCUUCUACAAGGCGUUCCACUAAAGGUAGAAUAUUCAAAGUUUUAAAGACGAGAAAGUUAAAGCUAAAGGAUAAUGGGAAUGAUAAGAAAAAAUACUUUGAAGAUAACAAUAAAUUUAUUAUAAUACAGGUUAGCAAAAACAUGAUUUUCAGCAGUGAAAAAAAUUGUCAAAUAGAAAAACUGUUUGGUAUAAGCUUAGAAACUCAUGCAGAUGGUAAAACUUUAGUAGUCGCUGAUUUUCUGCCAGAAGCCAAAGCUAUAUACAUCCCAAAAGUCAAAUCUGGGUUUUAUUUACAAAAAAUCAAUGGCAUUGAAGUGACUUCUUACAAUAUUAAUAAUGUUUUACAAAGAGUCAUUGAAGAUGUAGAAAAUCCUAAAUUAACCUUUCAAGUUGUAUCAGAAGGGUUUAACAUUGAUUUAGAGAAGUUAUUGACCUCCAAAAAUGCUCCGGAAAAUUCUCUGACUCAGUUACUGAAAGACUCAAUGUGCUCUGCUCUUUAUAUGUGUGGAAAUGAAGCAGAGUACCCAAGCAAUGAUGACAAAGGUGUAUUGUACUGUUUUCCGAGACCUUUCAAUCAAAAUUUUUUGUACAACACUAGAGGUGCUUAUUUAACACUAAACCAUUUAGCUCCAAAGUCUUUGGGUACAAGCGAGCCAGUUGUAUCCACAGUGUUACACAAAAAUCAGCUAAUAAACAUAACAUAUGCUUCACAUUGCAAUGAUUUGCUAUUAAUUGCUAUACCAAAUGAUAAAAUUGAUGUUUUUGCUGCUAGAAGGAUUAUAGAUGAUAUAGUAAAAGUUUUGGAGUUACUGUACGGAUCCCUAAAAACAUGUUUUACUAAACCGAACAAUGUGGAUAAACUAGACAGUUUGUUUGCGAGGAUUUUUGUAUCUUUGUUAUUUGGCAGUCAGAAUAAAGAUAAGAUAAACAGUGUAAAUGUAGGCUUGGAAGAGACAUUGGCAGCUAGAACUGUAUCUUUGCCGUUGGAAGUUAAAAUUCAAGUGGAUGAUGCUAUCACAGAAUUGGAAGCAGCUGAUUAUAGAGAGUGGACAGAUGACGUAGAGAAUUUCCAACGUCUCUACACAGUGAUCGGCGCUUGUCUGUACUAUUCUGGGCAUCUAUUGAGCUCUCACUUGCAAGACGAAGAUCUGAAAGAGAUAAAUGCUUAUUUGAAACUGAAUGGCAUACUGAGACUUAGUACUGAGAAAGAUGUUGAGAGACUUGUUAUAUGGAAGGAAGUGUUUAUAAAUGAGCACAGGAAACAGAAUAAGAUUGAUUCAAGUGAAUACAGAAUUCCCGAUGGGCGCUGGUUUCUUCUGAUUGUCGGGAAAGGACACUUUGUUCUGGCAACGUUGAUGGAAGCGGGUGGAUGUACGGAAGAUGCAGUAGGUGUAACCCCGCCGUCGCCGUUCUACGUGGAAGAGUGUGAGAGUUGUCUGGAACUGUUGUUCGACGUUGGACUGAACAAGUACUUGCCCUCCUGGUUCUCUUCCAACACACAACCUCAAGUAGAAACGUCGCCCCAAUACCUCACUAAGCAUGGGAGGAAGAUUAGAGACAAUACUUCUACAAAAGGGUAUAAAAGCCCCACAUUAAAACUCCCAAAAUCUCAAUCGGAUAUGAAAAGACGUCACAACUCCUCGGAUCAUAUCAACGCAGGUUCCACAAGUGAGACUUCUGUCAGCAACUACCACAGCACAAGCCAACACAAUCUGUACGCACAGUGGUACAAUGGGCCGCAGAAACAGUAUAGACAUUCCAGUUUAGAUGUCAGUUAUUCCGAAGAUUCUGGAAGUGUGAAGAGUAAUAGUGAAAUAAGCGAAGAUAGAAUAAUAGGCAGACGAGCGGAUAGGGAGCAGAAAAAUAGACGAGAAUCAUCAGGGUCUGACUCUGACUGGGAUAAACAGGAAGGCAGUAGAUCAAGUAAUAUCGAUAUAUCGGAUAUUCGAAAAUCGCUUUUGAAUGAACUUGAUCACGUCACUGUACACAGAAUAACAGCUGGUGAAGAAAAUGUCCUGUUCCAUUUCAUACAUCUAGAAUCUGAAAAGGGUGUUCUUAUAGCGCCAGUACGGAACGUAGAAAUUCAAGCCAACAACGCUCUCUACUCUUACAUAGUAAAAACCUUCAGAACUGCUUGUAAAAAGAUCCACGAGUUGCUGCAACACAGUAUAAAGUUCAAAAAAAAUCAGGCUCCAUCGAAUCCAUUGAACAAAAUAUUGGUGGCAGUAAAAGAAUAUGGAAUGCUAUUUGAAGCACCAACUGAAAUACUCAACCAGUGUGGGAUUAGUAAGAAGAAUGCUGAACCAUUCCAAUUUUGGGUUGUUGGACGUGUAUUUAGCGAGCCAGAGCCUCGAGAACUGUAUCUAUGCUACCACGAAUCUGUUCCACAAGAUAUAACAGAAAUUGCUUAUUUACUUUCAUAUUUGGAAUAAGGCAUUUUUUGUAAUAGAGUAGCCUUUUCUUGACUGUUUUCCUUAUUUGUCUGUCCUGUAAGUAUAGGAGGCUAUAAAAGGAUUAUUUUACUUGAACAUGUAAAAAUUAAAAAAAAAGACGGAUUUCAAUUCCAUCCAGCCAUAUGGACAAGACUGUUGUAUACUUACCUAAUUUUUAAGAAACAUUUUUAAUUUGUAUAUUUUGAGUUUA